UCCAACUUGGAUCCCUACGGAAGUUUAGUCUGGUCUUCACAAAUGCUGUUCAGUCGUAAAAGCUACACGCAAACUUUGAGGACUGCAAGACUCUGUUUCAGCCUUUCCAUGGCCCAAACAGAGCUCUCCAUACCAGUCCCAUGGGGGGAGAUCCGAGGUAAAGUCUGGGGUCCUGAACAUGGGCGUCCUGUGUUGUGUUUACACGGCUGGGCCGACAACUGCGGGUCAUUCAGCACCCUCGUUCCUCUUCUACCCAAAGGGUUCAGAUACUUGACGGUGGACCUGGCAGGUCACGGUCUGUCGUCACAUCGUCCUCCUGGAGAUUUCUAUUGUUUUCCUUCGUAUGUAGCAGACGUACGGAGAGUCGUUGAUGCUCUUCAGCUGACAAAACUCUCCAUCAUUGGCCACAGUAUGGGUGGAGACAUUGCUGCGAUGUUCACUGCAUUGUAUCCUGAGAUGGUGGAUGGUCUUGUUCUGCUGGAUGUUUACGGAUUUUUACCUACAGACACGAGAGAAACAGCCAAAGUGAUGAGGCAGGGGAUGAAUGAGAUGAUUGAGUUUGAAAAAAAAGCAGCAGAGAAGAAAAGAGUUUACACUUAUGAGAAGGCAGUGGAGAGGAUGUUGGCUGUAAACCCGACUCUGUCUGACCAGUCUGUGCACAUCAUGUUGGAAAGAGGUCUAAUUCAAGUGGAAGGAGGAUUUGUGUUCUCCAGAGACUUGCGAGUUAAUUUUAAAAACAUUGUGCGCUUCAGUUUGGAGCAGAGUCUGCUGAUGCAGAAGAGGAUACGAUCCGGUGUUCUGGUGAUUCUAUCACAAAAUGGUUUCCACAGAAUGCUCUCGGAACCAAGUCAAAAGAAGUUUACGUCAAUACUUCAGCAGCAAUGGAAGGACAGAAAUGACACGGUGGUGACGGUACCAGGCGAUCAUCACGUCCACCUGACUCAUCCUGAAGUCGUUGCUCCAUAUAUCUCCGACUUCCUGCGGACCAAAGUGCUCUCACAGUCGGCCAAGUUAUAAGCAACAAGCGCAUCAGUUUGAUUUAUAGUUGUGUUGUUAUUUAUCUGAGCAAAUUGCGUGAGUGUUUGUGUUAGCGGUGGCAUUGAAGCCCCCAUGAAAUGCAUCCUUAAUGUGAUGUAAUUCUUGUUGAAAUAAGCUGGCAGGCUGGACAGCGAAGGCAGAAACAUAACGCCGACACCUCCCCCACUCCACAGACAGUGGGCAGAGAUGUCGACCCAAAUGCAUUUUACUGCAGCCGCCACAGUUGGUUUUAUUGCAGUGUGUUGAUACAGAUCAGUGCAGGGGCUGUAUCUAAUCAAACUGGUUUUAUUACAAGACCCACACGAGCAUUAACUGCAUAAUGUAAUGUGCAUCUACAAAACACGAACAGUAGCAGUGAGCAGCUACGUGUGUAGAAGAAGGCAUUUAAUUUAUUUUUUUCAAAUUGAGCCACUAAUUUGUUUUUUUUUUUAGGAAACAUAGUGCAAUAUGAAUCUGUCAGUUUUAUGGAAUAUUGAAUAAAAUGAACCUGAACACAACUUGAAAUUACUUUCCACUGUGACUGGUCUAUAAUUACACUCAGUUAACGUAACCUAGAGACAUGGUAUUGUAAAUAUAAUAAAACAAAAUAAGAAUAGUUUAAUUCUCAUCUGUGAUAGGUAAUAAAAAGCCUCAUACUGCCCCUGCUUUCUUUGAUUAAAUUAGUAAAUAUUUAACAGAUUGGCAUUUAAGGAACAGUUUUUCUUUCCACCAACAUUAAUUGCUUAUUAAACUUCUCACUUGUGGUUAAGGUGAGCCUCCAAGCAAAUUCUCAGAGUUCCAAAAAGUGACAAGAACUGCUUAUUUUCUUUCAUGGCUCUAAAGUGUGGAUUAAAAACAGAUUUUAUCA